GACUUCAUAGAUAAACUCCUUUAAAAUCCUCUGUCUUUCACUCACUCUUCUCUUGACCUCUUCUUCUUUAUUAACGUUUUUACACAUUACAAACUACAAAGCAUUUCUCCCUUUUCCGUUUACAUCAUUCUUGCCGUCGAUUUAUCCCAUAGGUGACUCCGCCGUCAAGAUUCUGAUUUUUGUUCAUUUUUUUUUUUAACAAAGGAAAUCACUAGAAAUGUAAAAAGUGAUUGAUAAUUUUGUUUUCUUGUCGUCCAAAUGAAUCACUCUUUAUUUGACUCGUUAGUUCUUGUCUCGUUUCACUCUCUUAACCUCCGAUAUGUCUCAGAUCUUUCAAAGAGUAUAGCUUUGUGACAAUACUGUUUUUAAAGUUAGCUAAGAAGAUGAGGAAGAAGAUCAUAGGGUUUCGAAUCGGGAGACGAGUCUCUAGAUGGAUCCUUCGUAAUACCCGGAUCCGACGUUCCGGUUACAACCGAGUACACUUGACCAGACAAGCUUGCAAGCUGAGACCACUCGCAAAACUCAAAAGCUGGGGACAACGUCUCAAGCAAGGUUUCAGACAUUUCAGGUCUACGAGAAGAUCCGAAUGCAUACCGGACCCAGUUCCAAAGGGACACUUAGCGAUCUACGUGGGUCAAAAAGACGGCGACUGUCACAGAGUUUUGGUACCCAUCGUUUACUUUAACCAUCCUCUGUUCGGUGAGUUGCUCAAAGAAUCCGAAAAAGAGUAUGGAUUCUGCCACGAAGGUGGUAUCACUAUUCCUUGUUUGUAUUCUGACUUCGAACGGGUCAAGACCCGAAUCGCAUCCGGAUCAAGUUCUCGGAUAUUUCCAUGGAGCUGCCUUUGCCGCAAUUGAAGACAAUUAUGGAAAAAGUUCUUAGGAUUUUCAACCUUUUUUUAGUAGAUAUAUUGUUCCCUUUAAUUUACCAUUUUCCUAUCUUGUUACUUUUUGUCACUUUACUCUUUUCUUGUGAUAUAUAGUCAAUUAUACAGUAAGAUGAUAAUGUAAAUAAUUAUUGGGUCUUGAUAAAUGAUGUGAUUAGCAUGGGGACA